AUGUCUACCAUUGCUCUCGGGGAGUCGAUCCCCCCGGACACGGCCCAUGCUGUCAGCGUCUCGCUGCCGACGUGGAAUGCCAACGUCGGCUAUGAGGAAGGCGCGCACUGGGUGACCUCACGUAUGGUCACCGGGUACCCCAGGAGCAUCCAGGCGUUUGCUCAGGAUAUCACCGAGAAGCAUGGCAGACCGGGCCAGCAGGCCAUGCUCUUCCCCACAGAGGCCGCGGCGUCCCGUUGCCUGCGCUUCAUGCAGGCCCGCUCGCCCUCGCGUCCCGACCUGCUCGACAGCAUGCAUUUUGGCCUGGACCUGAGCAAGCCCGACGCGGCACCCCUGAAGUCCCUAGCACCCGCCAUCUCGGCGGUUCUGUUCCACCAGGACGACUUCCCCCUCGCCAAGCAGUACUGGCAACACUCGGGCGAAGGCGUCUCGAGCCGGCGAGCCGAGUUCAGCCACGGUCUCUUCAAGGACGGGCUCCUGGCGCCCAAGCAAGAGGCCCGCCGGACAAGUCCCAAACCGAGAGGCCCGAAGCGGUACCAGCGCCCCAUGUCCAUCGACCAGCAGUCGCCCGCGCGGCCGACGCCUCCCGGCAACGCCAAUGGCGGCCAGCCCAUCGCCGAAGAUGGUCGCGACGCCGAGGAGACCCUCCGCUUCCUCGAGGAGCGCUUCGGCCGGAACCUGGACUUGUCGCUCGUCCAGCGGGCCAAAUCGGCCAUCCGCCGGCGCAUCGCCGGCGCCGUGGCAGUCGAUGCCGACUCGUCGGCGGCCCCGUCGCCCGACAUGGGCCCCAACACCCGCGGCGUCGUCGACCUCAGGGAGGACGACAUCUAUCUCUACCCAACGGGGAUGAACGCCAUCUUCAACGCCCACCAGUACCUGCUGCGCGCCCGGGGCGAGCGGAAGAGCGUCAGCUUUGGCUUCCCCUACGUCGACACGCUCAAGAUACUCGAGAAGUUUGGCCCCGGCUGCCUGUUCUACGGCCGCGCCUCGGAGGAGGAGCUGGACGAGCUAGAGACUCGGCUGCAGGGUGGCGAGGAGAUUCUCGGUCUGUUCUGCGAAUUCCCCGGCAACCCGCUCCUCACCUGCCCCAAUCUCGUCAGGAUCCGGCAGCUCGCCGACAAGUAUGAUUUCGCUGUCGUCAUCGACGAGACCAUUGGCACCUUUGCCAACGUCAACCUGCUGCCCUUUGCCGACGUCGUCGUCAGCAGCCUCACCAAGAUAUUCUCGGGCGACUGCAACGUCAUGGGCGGCAGCCUCAUACUCAACCCGCGAGGUCGCUUCUACGGAGCUCUCAAGUCCGCAGCCGCCGCUCUCUACGACGAUGCCUACUGGCCCGAGGACGUCAUCUUCAUGGAGCGCAAUAGCCGCGACUUCGCCUCGCGCAUAGACCGCAUCAACAGCAACGCCGAGGCCAUCUGCGAGGUGCUACGAGCCAGCCCCCUGACCAAGUCGGUCCAUUACCCCAAGUACAACCACUCGCGUCCCAACUAUGACGCCGUCAAGCUGCCCACGGGCGGCUACGGCGGUCUGCUGUCUGUUACGUUCCACCACAAGGCCCACGCCGUGGCCUUCUACGACGCCAUCGAGACGGCCAAAGGGCCCAGCCUGGGCACCAACUUCACCCUGACGUCGCCGUAUGUGCUGCUUGCCCACUACCAAGAGCUCGACUGGGCCGCCUCGCUUGGCGUGGACGCCGACUUGAUCCGCAUCAGCGUCGGCUUGGAGGAGACGGCCGAGCUCCGGUCCGUAUUUCAGCGGGCAUUGGACGCAGCCACCAAGGCCACGCUGCCCUGA